AUGCUGAAUUCCUUUUGGGGUAAAUUUGCUCAAAAAGAAAACCAAAACAAAACCUCAAUAGUCAGAGACUGUGGUGAAUUCUUUGAUAUGCUGACUAAUCCUUCUAUUCAUGUAAAUACAGUUCUCCCGGUAAACGAAGAAACCCUUCUCAUAACUUGGGAAUUUAGAGAAGAGGCCUAUGACGUUUCUUCAACGGUUAACGUUGUAUUGGCUUCAUAUGUCACGGCCCUAGCUAGACUAAAAUUAUAUUCAUUCUUGGAGAAAGUGGAAGAAAGGGCAGUUUACGUAGAUACAGAUUCAUGUAUUUAUAUCUCUCGUAAGGGAUUAGACGACAUAUCUACAGGCGACUUCAUAGGUGAUAUGACCGAUGAGCUCAAUGGGGGUUUCAUAUCAGAGUUUGUUUCUGGAGGACCUAAGAACUACGCCUACAAAUAUACUACUUUGUCUGGAGAGGAACAGAUCAAAGUGGAAGAAAGGGCAGUUUACGUAGAUACAGAUUCAUGUAUUUAUAUCUCUCGUAAGGGAUUAGACGACAUAUCUACAGGCGACUUCAUAGGUGAUAUGACCGAUGAGCUCAAUGGGGGUUUCAUAUCAGAGUUUGUUUCUGGAGGACCUAAGAACUACGCCUACAAAUAUACUACUUUGUCUGGAGAGGAACAGAUCGUAUGUAAAGUAAAGGCAUAUCACUCAACUACAAGGCAUCCCAAGUGGUCAAUUUUGAGAAAAUAA